AUGUUCAUACAGCUCCUCCUCUUACACAUCCUCGGAAAUUUUUGCGACCAUUCAGGAAUCUACGGCAUAUCGUCGCCGACAGCGGCGCCAACGUGCAGCAGUUCGGAGAAAUUUGUGUCUGGGAAGAUGACCGAGUCCUGGAGAUGCAAACGGUGUUGGGAAGUCCUCAGUGGGAAACACCCACACUGUCCGCACUGUGGUGGACACUGGAACAAAAUGCAGGAUCAGAGCUUCGUGCCACCCGAAAGGGAGCAUUCCCAGCGGCCGAAGAGUCGUGGGCGCUCGCCGCAUGUGAGAAGUGCGCAAGACUCUGGAUGGAAUUGGGAUGUCACAGAUGGACAUCCUCAACGAGAUCGCAGUGGAUCCACCAAAACAACAAGACAGGGAAGAGGACGACGCAGGACAAAAAACAAAAACAAGGGCCCGCCAUAUGCAGCACUGGCCAUGCCUCCGCCUUGGAAACCGGAGAGUACGCCCUCAAAAGAAGCAACCUCGACCUCCUCUGCAAUUGCGACAGCACAAGCAGAGAUGGUCAAAGAGAUCAGAGAUGCCUAUGUGGACGAGAAGGACAUGCCGGCCAAUAUCAGACGAGUGGUGGAGAGGCUCGACCCCAACAGCGGUCGUCAACUCACAGCCUCCAUGAACAAAACCACCAAAGAUCUGGAGAAGGCACGGACCACUUUGCGGCAGCUCUCAGAUGCGAAAACGAAACAUCGCACACAGUGGAUGAACCACAUGAAGAGCUUGAUGGAGACUCUCUCCAAGCAGGUCGAAGCAUUCGAGACUCAACAGAAGUCCUACGACGAGAAGCUCAAGUCCACCCAACGAGAUAUCCAAGUGACAAGGAGAGAGCUGAGGAGGCUUACGGCUCAGGCCGCAGCCGACCAUGCCACCGAAGUCACCGAGCCGAUCAUGGAGGAGGACGAGCAAGCGGACAAUAUCGUCGAUGUGGAGGAGGAUGCCUUGCGCAACCAAGUCCACGACCUGCUGGCAAAGUGCUUGAACACGGCCGACAAGUCCAAAGUGGUGGAGAUCAACUCGGGCGAAGAGAACAUGGAUACCAGCACCGAAAGAGGCAACAAAAGGUUGCAAUUCAGCGUAUCGCACGAUUCAGUCGCUCUGCAGUCCACCUUUCUGACUGUGUUGAUUACGCUGAAGUACCUCAUCAAGUCCGACAUCGACUCAUUCAUGGCUAUUAUGGUUGGAGAUCCAUCCAUGAUCACCCGAGAUGAACCCACGGGAGACAGUGCUGGAUCAAGUGAUUCUGCUUCUACAUAUGAAAGUGAUGAGCCUUCGAGCUUCUUCAACAUCUUUCAGUUGCAAGCGCCCAUGUAUGCGGCCAGAGUCCGUACUGACAGUUGGCCUCAUGCCUACAGCCAAAUCCGUCAUGUCCUUGGACUUGGCCGACAUGAUAUCCAGUACAUCCAUGUGGCUCCUUACAGACCCGCUGACCUUUAUGCAGCAGACACACUUGUGGCAGUUGUUCAGCGUGUCCAUGAUCUACAACCUGGUGACCAUCGACGCAUUGUUCUGAUUGACAUUGUUUUCCAUGAACAUGCAGUUGAGGCGACCAUGACACACCGAUAUGCAACUCUUGUACGGAAAGAUCUCACCAGACGAAUCCUCCUUGAAGAGCUCAAGCUCCAAGAGUAUUGCAAACAGGUGAAACAUCAAUGCAUUGUUCAGAUCAACGGGAAAACUAUUCCUCUGUCUAGCCAUCUUUUGUUUGAUGUCAAUCAUGCUGACUACAUCCGGAUCGACUUGCCUCCGCAUCCGAGAAAAACGCUCCCAUCUAGAGCCAUUGCACGCUGUCUGCGAGAUGGCACUCAACUCUCAGUUGCUCAGAGGCAGUUUGACAAUGAGGAGACAGACUUUGAAUGGGAGACGUUUCAGGCUGACAGAGAUGAAGAUCAAGACGAAGCAAUGUUGCUUCAAGCGCAAUGGAACAGGCGCCUAACAGCUGAGCAGGUAGCUCAUACUCAGCGGCCUGCUUCCAUGCCAACCCAACUAUGUCUUGACGAGUUGAUCCCAAUGCCACCACAAACAAGUGUUGACUUUGCUGCGGUGCAAUGGACUGCCAUUGAAUUGGCCCAUUUGCCGCUCGAUCUCAUUCCUGCGUGGCCUGAUGAGAUUGACCUGCAGCAAGUCACAAUUGAGCACUUAAACAAUCUCGGGCAGAUCCUUCAGACCAAGCCCAAUGCCAUCCACCUCUAUGUUGAUGGAUCGAAAUCGGGAACCCAUGUUGGUGCUGGUAUUGCAUGUUUCCUUGAGUAUACUCGCAUUGACUACGUGGCUCUCCCGACUGCCAUUGAGUACAACCAGAUCACAAGCUGGGUUGAUGACACCAUUGAUCUUGGUGGAAUCAGAAUUGACCACUAUGCCACCUUAUGCCAUUGUCAAUUUGACAAGACGAUUCCAGCGUCACCGAAACCACGGCAAUCUUGGUACAAGAAACCAAGCAGGUAUGCCAUUGCUGAACAGCUACGAGACCCUGCAUCCUCUGAAGCCUUGUAUCAGCUUUUGAGCAACCCUGCAUGGAACGUUGAUCCGCAUCUUUCAGCAGACCACUUGGCGCUUUGCACACAACAUGCCCUGCAUCAAAUUACACCCACUACCACGAGAUGGCGGCGGAAGUCUCAUAUUGAUGCGGCCACAUGGGAUAUUGUUGAGGCAAAGAAGAUGCACUUCCGACAGUUCAAAGCCCUGCGGAAGACAAAGACCAAGACCAUUUUGCAAGUGAUUCUUCGAGAUCGCAUUGCUCGUGACGUUGAACACUAUCACGACCUUAUCACGGACGAGCUUACAACAGCAGGUUUUCACAUUUGGCGAGAUGACUCUUCUGCACCAAGUGAAAUUCCUACACGAUUUCGAUGUGGCCAGUGUGACAUGGAAUUUCCCUCUGCUCAUGCUCGAGGCUCCCAUGCCUACCAAGUUCAUGGUACCACAUCCGAUGAACGCCCUUUUGUUCAAUCGACGAUUUGCCCAGGUUGUUUGAAAGACCACCAUACCACAUGGCGCGUCCAACAACACCUGAAAUAUCGCCGAAAUGGAUGUUGGGACCGCAUCUAUGGAGCUCGUGAACCUGGUGAACCGUGCACCAUCAAGUUGCCCAAGCACCUUCAACAUGUUCCAAGACUACCUGCAGUACGUCGCCAUCACGGACCGCUUCGACCUACAAGUGUCCAGCGCCAGCGGACCCAACUGCGGCAGCGCAUUACUGCACUCCGUGCUGCAGGACAAGAUGAGUACGCUUGGUGGUAUCCUGAACGUGAUCCACAACUGGUGCUGAGAGCAUGUGAUUCGUUCACACAGGGCUUGAAGCAAUGGUGCAUUUGCAAUGAACCUACGCAUGUUGAAUUCCAAAACAUCAUGUUCGGAGAGAUCUUCAAGCUUGGAAUCCCGGACCUCUUGGGCGGGCGCAUCUUUGUUCAUUGGAUUGAAACUCGUUUCUAUGAGGAAUGGCCGACCGAUCUUGAUCCUGAUCUCAUUGAGAUUCUUGAGGAAGCCUACAUGCAGAUGUUGGAAGACAUCCCGGCAUGGCAGAGACGUUGUGAGAUGAAGAAGCUAACAAACCACUGGAUACACCUUCCUCAUGAUGAACCAGAUUUUCCACCUCGCCAACCGCCGCAGAUGCAGAUGCCUCGAUGUCGGUUCCAUGAGAUUGAUAUGCCUUAUGGGCUCAUGGGAGAACGUGAGUUGCUCCGCCGACAAUGGAAGAUUUUGACAGCUCCGCGACCAAGAUCACCAGCGGCACAGGGGCCUUACUAUAUCGUGCAUCUGUAUUCUGGCAGAAGACGCCCCAUGGACUUCCACGAAGCCACCGAGGAGCUCUUACCGCGAUUUUCACAUCUGGACAUUCGCAUUCUGUCAGUUGACACUGCGGUUGACCCAAUCUUCAACGUGCACGACGAGAAGCUAUGGCGCUUCCUUGUUGGGCUUGCCCGUGAGGGGCGCAUCCUUGGCCUUCUCCAAGGCCCUCCGUGA